CAUGACGGGCACAGGCAAUGAACAGAAAGCGAAAAGAAAAGAAAGCAGUCAACCACACAGCGGCGAUAGCGAGUCCAAGGCCUGCCUCACUAAGCAGAGACACAACGAAGCCGGACGGACAAAGAAAGAGAGAGAGAGAGAGAGAGCGAUAUCAAUCACUCAAGCCAACAAACAAACAAAACAAGCAGGCAGCGCGCCCGAUAUAUGGCGGACGCCAGACACCCCAUCCAUCCCUUCCCCACCAGCCCAGCCAGGCAGCCGACCAACUCAAAACCCACUGAAUCAAUCAAGCAAUCAACCGAUCAAUUGAUCCUUCGACG